AUGAAACAGAAAAUCCUCAUAUUAGGAAUUAUUAUUGUAACCCAAAUUUACUGCCAUGGCAGUAAUCCUGUAUACAGCACUGCAGAGAAUCCAAUAAUCCCUGUGGAAAUUACCGAGUCUAAAAAAAAAAAGAAUGUGCUUAUAGAUAACCUUAAUUAUAUCACAGGAUUACUAUAUAAGGCAAGUAUUUUUUUAAAAAAUACCGUUAUUUCUGGAUUACUCAAAAAUUCAAAAAUUAAAAGUACGGUCGUAUCAGAAGACUUCCCUGAGUACAGUGAUUUUGAUGAUCAUUUCAUUGACUCAUCCACUAAGCAAAUAAAUAAUUCAAAAUCAGAAAUUACCAAAUGUGGAAAUUCCACUUAUUCUAACCCUAAAAAAUCAAAAUUAUACGUUAUAAACCAGAUUAGGCCAUCUUUCAUACCAGAACAUGGUGAUAUCGCAGAAGUAAUUUUUAACAAAUCGGAUAUUCCAGAAAAAAAGUCAGAAAUUGAAAACGGUUUUUUAAAAUUUUUUCAGUCACACACCGGUCAAAUACCUGACACAAAAGGGUUCAUUAAGAACGGGAUAAAGAAUGCCAAGAAGAACCUUUUAUUACAGGCAAAAUUAGCACGGGCGUAUACGUCAGCAGCUGCCAAUAAGACCAUGGACGUAUUUGAUAAUACUGUACGGUCAUCCCAUUUACUAGCUGACUUAGUCAGGAAGGGGUUAGUCACACCCAAUUCUGCUGCUAAGGAACUGACUAAUUCAGUAAGGGACUUGUCCUCUGACUUCUUAGACAGGAGCACUCGCAGCAUGAAAGGUGCUGCUAAUUAUUUAUUACAUGCAGCUGUUGGUUCUGUAGACGGGAUAGUUAAUGGACUGAAAUAUUCACCAUCUGCUGUUAAUGGGUUAAUGAGCUCAUACAAAAGUAUCCUUAAUAACCCUAAAUUCAACUUAUCUGAGCAUAUCCCGUCACUAGCCGUCUCAUUAGAGAUGGACAUGAGGAAGUUGACUGAAUUUAUACACCCACCUGACAUGAAUAAAUUAGGCUCAUUAUGGGAGAGUGUGGAGAAGUCGGUUGAUUCCUUAAAGGGUCAGUGGACUGACAUAAAUUCAUCCCUGUUCAACCAUCAGACAGAGCACUUUAAGGACCGGUUUAUGUCACUGACUGAGGAUAUAGCCAAGACAUUAGAUACACUCUCAGUACGGUUAGGGAAGAGUUUAGAAUUAGUUGUACCUGGGAUAGAUGCACUCAGGUACAGGUUUAAGUGUAUUUUAGAUGAGAUUAAAAAAAAGAAUGAUCUUACCAUAUCGGGUAAUUUGAACCUGAAAGAAUUAUUAGAUUACAGUAUGGGGUUAUUCUCACAGUUAAAGGAUAUUGAUUUAGCCUUACUUGGGUUAUCUUCUGAUGGUUUCUGUGGUAGCAUUAAGAAGAAUAUUUCUGAUAGCAGGGAGAAUCCAUUAAAUGUACUUCCAGGGUACAAUUCUGUUGGUAAGCGGGUAUUUAACAAGUUAAGUGACCUACGGGGUAUUAGAUGAUUUAUUACUGUAUGUGUAAUAAGUAAUAUAUAGUACGCA